UUACAAAUGACAUUUUGUGACUUGACCAAUGGGGCAAUAAAAAAAACUAUAACAAUUAAUCAGAAUGGCAAUACUCUUAUAAGAUCUGUCCCCUAAAUUCGUUUGUAAUUGCGAAGAUCCUCCAGUAGAGCAGAAUCGAAGCACAUCAAUACGUCGUCGUUUAGCUGAAACCAGUCGUUUCAUCAGGUUUCGCCAUGUCGAUGGUGCCUUCCACCCCGACUGCCUCCGCAUCAUCGUCCUCCCAAUAUACAUACGCCGCACCUACGGCCCCCGCCUCCUAUUUUCCGACGCCGUUCCAUCUCCAACAAGCUCCGGCGCCUGUCCCGUACAUAGGCGCCACUCCUCCGCCAUCUGUCCCGUCGAUGGCGCUACCGGUGUAUCCUGCUCCCCCUACCGUUUACACGUUGCCUCAAUUCCAGCAGGCUCAGCAGUUGUUUCAGAGAGAUGCGCAAACCAUAACUCCAGAAGCUCUUGAGAGUGUGAAAGCUGCACUUGCGAGCAGCGAGAUCGAGCACAAAGCAGAGACUAAAAAGAAGGCAAUUCCUCGGAAAGCUGCAGGGCAAUCCUGGGAGGAUCCUACUCUUGCAGAGUGGCCCGAGAGUAUGUUUUUGUCUCCCUCUCCAUAUAUUUAUUCUUUUCUUUUCCCCAACUGGUAGGCAAGCUUAAACUCU